AUGACAGGGUUAGGUGGAGCUUUAGUUGAUAUUGUGUUAGAAAAGAUGGGUUUCGGACAUAGAUGGAGAGCAUGUGUAAAGGAAUGUGUAAGUACAGCCUCUAUGUCGGUUCUGAUUAAUGGGGCACCGUCCAAGCCGUUCAAGAUGGAGAGAGGCCUAAGACAAGGGGAUCCUCUAUCUCUGUUUCUGUUUGUUCUUGUGGUUGACGUAUUACAUAGGAUGGUGGGAGAAGCUAUCAGGAAUGGACGUAUAUCUCCUCUGCUGGUUGGGAGGGAUAAAAUAGAACUGUCACAUUUACAGUUUGCGAACGACACUAUUUUGUUCUGCUCACCAGAGACUGAGACAAUCUUGAAUUAUAAGAGGCUCCUGCGAUGUUUUGAACUCAUGUCUGGACUAAGUAUCAACUUUGACAAAUCGAAUUUGAUUUUCGUUAAUUGUGAGUCGGAGUGGGUGACAAAUAUGUGUGGGCUACUAUGA